UCACUUCCAUUUUCUGCCUCAUAUUCACUGCUUCAAGAUUGCUAAUAGUAUAUUUCUUGUAUCUAAUAAACUGAGAUUCAAUAAAAAAAAAGACAAUUGUGUAUAGCUUUGCUAAAUGUGAUGAAAAAUUACCUUAUUUCAAUCUGCUAUGUUCAUAGAAUCUAGGAAAUUCCUUUUGCAGAUUCAUUCAAUUCAAGAUUACAAAUUGUUGAUCAAAUAAGGCAGCUUUAUAACUUGAGAUUGCAUUUGUUUGAAGUAGAAAAAACUACUACUAUAUAUAUAUAUAUAGAUAUUGAGAGAAAUUGGAAUGAGAGUGAAAUGGAUUUCUGGCCGGAAUUUGUAGCAAACAGUUGGGGGAGAGAAUUUGUGGCAGGUGGAUUCGGUGGCACAGCCGGAGUCAUCGCCGGCUAUCCACUAGAUACGCUCAGAAUCCGACAGCAGAGCUCCGUGGAAGGGACGGCGGCCCAAAUAUUCCGGCGGCUGGUGGCUGCGGAGGGCCCCUUUUCCCUCUACCGCGGCAUGGCCGCUCCUUUGGCUUCUGUAACUUUCCAGAAUGCUCUAGCUUUCCAAACAUAUGCAAUCCUUUCAAGAGCAGUAGAUGGGCAUUGUAGUAGCUCCAAUGAUCCACCCUCAUACAGAGGGGUUGCUCUCGGUGGGUUCGGCACGGGAGCCAUCCAGAGCCUCGUCCUCAGCCCAGUCGAACUGGUCAAGAUCCGUCUCCAGCUGCUCCGCAGCCCCACGGGCCCACGGGACGUGGCCCAGAGCAUUCUCCGAGCGGAAGGCUUUCGGGGCCUAUAUCGGGGCCUGACCAUUACGGUGCUGAGGGACGCCCCGGCCCAUGGGGUCUACUUCUCGACGUACGAGUACACGAGGGAGUGGCUCCACCCGGGCUGCAGGAAGGACGGCUGCGAGUCGUUUGGGACAAUGCUGCUUGCGGGAGGGUUGGCCGGUGUGGCUAGCUGGAUCUGCUGCUACCCUUUGGACGUGGUGAAGACGCGGCUGCAGGCGCAGUCGAGGUCGUGCGAGAGAUACGGGGGGAUAGUGGAUUGUUUCCGGAAGAGUGUGAGGGAGGAAGGGUAUCAUGUGUUGUGGAGAGGUUUGGGGACUGCUGUUUUGAGGGCCUUUAUUGUGAAUGGGGCUAUCUUUACUGCUUACGAGACGGCACUAAGGUGCUUUUUCCGGGCCAAUGACAAUCCGGCCACUAUUUAGGCCGGAGACGGCCGGCCCUUAUGUGCCUUUUCAGGGGCAACCUGAAUCCGGCCACCAUUUAGGCUGGAUUCGGGCAUUGCCGGUGCUGCUUGUUGUGGUAGAAUGGGGAAAUUCUUGGGAUUUGAUUUUAUUUACUCUGGUUUUUAAUCUAUUGCUAUUAUCAAAUGUACUUAUAUCUUGUGAA